GGGGCUAGAUGAUGAGUGACGGGACGCUGCGCCCUAUGGGAGAGAGAGAGGGCGGGGCUGUAUGAUCAGGGACGGAUUGAUGUGGCCUACGGGCAGGAGAGUAGGCGGGGCUGGUUGCUUAGUGACUGCGGCUGUCUCUAUCCAUAAUCCCAUGCGCUAUGCUGACGUUGACCCGGAAAUACUGUCUCGCCACUUCCUGUGCACAGAUCUCCGUUCCUGGUCUCCUCUGCUGCCGCCUCCUCCUCCAGGAGGGGGAGUAUAUAGAGGAACUCAGGGGUCUGUACAAGGACGUGAUGAUGGAGAAUCACCGGCCCCUCACAUCACUGGGUAAGAGGAGACUGUCAUGUAUUGUACAAGGGAGAGCAGAUGGGCCCAGUAACAGAGAUACCCCAGAGAGAUGUCCCCGUCCUCUGUAUUCCCAGGAUUGUACAGAGGAGAAUCACAGGACCCCACAGGAGGAUCAGGUUGAACGUCUGUCUGAUAUUAAAAUAGAAGAUAUAGAGGAAGAAGAAGAGACGUAUGUGACUGAUAUAAAGGCAGAAGAUACAGAGGGAGAAGAAGAGACGUAUGUGACUGAUAUGAAGGCAGAAGAUAUAGAGGGAGAAGAAGAGACGUAUGUGACUGAUAUAAAGGCAGAAGAUAUAGAGGGAGAAGAAGAGACAUAUGUGACUGAUAUAAAGGCAGAAGAUAUAAGGAGAGAAGAAGAGACGUAUGUGACUGAUAUAAAGGCAGAAAAUAUAGAGGGAGAAGAAGAGACGUAUGUGACUGAUAUAAAGGCAGAAGAUAUAGAGGGAGAAGAAAAGACGUAUGUGACUGAUAUAAAGGCAGAAGAUAUAGAGGGAGAAGAAGAGACGUAUGUGACUGAUAUAAAGGCAGAAGAUACAGAGAGAGAAGAAGAGACGUAUGUGACUGAUAUGAAGGCAGAAGAUAUAGAGGGAGAAGAAGAGACGUAUGUGACUGAUAUAAAGGCAGAAGAUAUAGAGAGAGAAGAAGAGACGUAUGUGACUGAUAUAAAGGCAGAAGAUAUAGAGAGAGAAGAAGAGACGUAUGUGACUGAUAUAAAGGCAGAAGAUACAGAGGAAGAAGAAGAGACGGAUGUGAGGGGUGAUCAGCAGUGUAAGGGUGAGGAAAUAUCUACAGAUAUCGGCACAGCAGAUGGACACACAAGCAGGAAUAUCUCAGAAGGACAUCUAAUGUUAUCCCUGGAUUGUGAAAUAAAAGAUAAUGACAGUAGACAGGAUUCUCCAGGAGAUAACCCCAUUACCCCAAUUAUAUAUCCAGCUCUAUCAGCUGGUCCCUCUGAUCCUGGGAAAUGUUCUCCUGAUCACUCUGAUAUUGGUGCAUCUGUUACAGCUCUGAGAGUAGAUACAGAGUUUCCCUGUUCUAUAGAUGCCAAAUGUUUUACACAGAACACAAAGCCUAUUAACCCACAGACAGGUAAGGAAGGCGAGAGGCCAUUUCCAUGUUCUGAGUGUGGGAAAUGUUUUACACGUAAAUCAGAUCUUAUUACACAUCAACAAAGUCACACAGGUGAGAAGGCAUUUCCAUGUUCUGAGUGUGGGAAAUGUUUUACAUACAAAUCACUUCUUGUAAUACAUAAGAGAAUACAUACAGGUGAGCAACCAUAUUCCUGUUCUGAGUGUGGGAAAUGUUUUACAUACAAAACAACUCUUGAUGCACAUAAGAGAAGUCACACAGGUACAUCACCAUUUCCAUGUUCUGAUUGUGGGAAAUAUUUUGCACAGAAAUCACAUCUUAUUACACAUCAGCGAAGUCACACAGGUGAAAAGUCGUUUCCAUGUUCUGAGUGUGGGAAAUGUUUUGCACAAAAAUCAGAUCUUGUUAGACAUAACAGAAGUCACACAGGUGAGAAGCCAUUUUCUUGCUCUGAGUGCGGAAAAUGUUUUAUCCGGAAAUCACAACUUGUUACACAUCAGCAAAGUCACACAGGUGAGAAUCCAUAUCCAUGUUCUGAGUGUGGGAAAUGUUUUGCACGCAAAUCAGAUUUUGUUAUACAUCAGAGAAGUCACACAGGUGAGAAGCCAUUUUCUUGCUCUGAGUGUGGGAAAUAUUUUGCACAGAAAUCACAACUUGUUAGACAUCAGCGAAGUCACACAGGUGAGAAGCCAUUUCCAUGUUCUGAGUGUGGGAAAUGUUUUACACAGAAAUCACAUCUUGUUGCACAUCAGCGAAGUCAUCACACAGGUGAGAAUCCAUUUCCAUGUUCUGAGUGUGGGAAAUGUUUUGCACGCAAAUCAGAUCUUGUUAUACAUCAGAGAAGUCACACAGGUGAGAAGCCAUUUUCUUGCUCUGAGUGUGGGAAAUAUUUUGCACAGAAAUCACAACUUGUUAGACAUCAGCGAAGUCACACAGGUGAGAGGCCAUAUCCAUGUUCUGAGUGUGGGAAAUGUUUUACACAGAAAUCACAUCUUGUUGCACAUCAGCAAAGUCACACAGGUGAGAAUCCAUUUCCAUGUUCUCAGUGUGGGAAAUGUUUUGCACACAAAUCAGAUCUUGUUAGACAUAACAGAAGUCACACAGGUGAGAAUCUAUUUUCUUGCUCUGAGUGCGGAAAAUGUUUUUCCUGGAAAUCACAACUUGUUACACAUCAGCGAAGUCACACAGGUGAGAAGCCAUUUCCAUGUUCUGAGUGUGGGAAAUGUUUUGCACACAAAUCAGAUCUUGUUAGACAUAACAGAAGUCACACAGGUGAGAAUCUAUUUUCUUGCUCUGAGUGCAGGAAAUGUUUUAUCCGGAAAUCACAACUUGUUACACAUCAGCGAAGUCACACAGGUGAGAAUCCAUUUCCAUGUUCUGAGUGUGGGAAAUUUUUUACCCAGAAAUCACAACUUGUUACACAUCAGCGACGUCACACAGGUGAGAAUCCAGUUCCAUGUUCCGAGUGUGUGAAAUGUUUUUCACACAAAUCAGCUCUUGUUAUACAUCACAGAAGUCACACGGGUGAGAGGCCAUUUCCAUGUUCUGAGAAAUAAAUCAGCUCUUGUUGCACACAAUAGACAUCACUCAGAUGAUGAACCAUUUUACUCUGGAGUAUACUUAUCAUUGCCAUGCAUUGUUCUUAUCCUAUCUCCUAUGAUUUUUGCAAUGUACAUGCUACCGCAAAUCAUUUGUCAUGCCCACAUCUACCACUGCUAUGCAGAUCACCUGACUUUUGCUCCGGGUACUGAGAACACAGUACUAAUCCUAAAUGGUUGUCUAGCUGAGCUCCAGGUGUGGGUGAUGCCAGUUGGCUGUGACUAAGUCCUGGUGAAACAGGUCCUUAUGAUAGAAGCUCACCAACAAAGGGCAGGACUACAGCUUUGCCAACCGGACUAACGCUUGUGGGUUCAUAGUUACAAAAUGCUGAUCCUGUGCGGAAUCUUGGUGGCCUGAAUGGUGUAGUGACACUUAGACAUCAGGUAUCAGCCACAAUCAGAUCCUCAUCUGAGGAACAUAGCCAGACUCCAGCACUUAUUUCCCUCAGAAGAUCUACCUACAGUCAUACAUGCACUUGUAUUAUCAAACAUAGACUACUGCAAUGUCCUCUACCUGGGUCUCCCAGCAGAAGAAUUGCACCGCUUGUAGCUUGUACAGAAUGCAGCAGCCAGCUGCUUACCUAACCAGCCCGUUCCUGCCACAUAACACCCAUUCUCUGCUCCCUUCACCGGCUGCCUGUAAGAUGGUGACUCUGUUACAUAAUCUGACUCCCAGCCCUACGUGACCAGGGUCCAUGGUACCAGAAGCAACUUCUGUGUCCUUACUGCCCUGGUAACUUCCAUCUGCAGAUGAAGGACUGUUACCAGCAGUACCAAGAAUCCCCAAGCAGUGCUGAGAUGUCAGGGGGGAGAGGGCGUGUGGCAGUAGUGGGGGAAGACGGCG